CUGUCACGCUGUUGAAUGUAGACACUCAGUGCACUUCCAUUGUAUUUAAUCUCCUAGGUGAAGACGGGGACAGCGAGAAGGCUUGUGCAGAUUGUGAGGUGAUGUUGCUGGGGUGGUAGAAGCCACUACAUGCAUCAUCACCCACUUAAUCAGCAUCACCAUGCCCACAAUGCAGGAUCCUAGCAUGAAUUACAGCUUGAGUGCGGUGCCCUGGGACCCUGGUGCCCUCCAGCCACCUUCGAUGACAAACAGUGCUGUGAAGAUGGUGGCCAUAUCAGCUAUUGUGUGCAUGUCUCUCUUUGGCAAUGUGGUGGUACUGCUGGUGUUCCAAAGAAAGCCACAGCUGCUGCAUGUGGCCAACCGCUUCGUGCUCAACCUACUGCUGGCUGAUCUGCUGCAAACGGUGUUUGUCAUGCCAUUUGUUAUUGCCGCCACUGUACCUGAGGUCUGGCCACUGGACACCCGUCUGUGUCAAGCCCUGGUGGUGCUCAUGCACCUUUUUGCUUUCACUGGGGUAAACACUAUUAUCGUCGUGUCAGUGGACCGCUACCUGGCCAUUAUCCACCCGCUGUCAUAUCCAACACGCAUGACACCUCACCUGGGCACUAACCUGAUCACUCUUACCUGGCUGGUGAGCCUGCUGCAGAGCACCCCACCUCUCUACGGCUGGGGAGCUAUCGAUUUCGACCGACACCAUAAUGCCUGCAUCAUGGUAUGGUCCUCCAGCCAGUCAUACUCAGCGCUGGUGGCCACUCUCUCCUUCUGGCUGCCUGUGGCCAUCAUGCUUGGCUGCUACUGGAUGGUGUUUAGGGCAGCCCGGCGGCAGAAUGCUUUGGUGCACCCUGUUCAAACGAACCACCCUCCAGACUCAGGCUCCAGUCCCCACAGGCAGCCGCAGCAGCUCCAACAAGAAGGCCCUUUCUCAGCCACGAAUCCUGCCAGGAACAGGCACCGUCGCUUUCACUACCACUGUAAGGCAGCAAGGGUGGUUUUCGUCAUCAUGGCCUCCUAUGUGCUCAGCAUGGGUCCGUACAGUGUUUUGAGCACCAUUUCCAUAAGUUCCCGCACUGCUGUGCCACCAUGGUUGGCCUCACUGGCCCUUGUCCUCUUUUUCCUGCAGUGCUGCCUGCACCCUUACAUCUACGGCUACAUGCACCGCAGCGUGCGUAAGGAGUUCUUGGCGCUGCUCUGCGGGCCACGAUGCGGACAGACACGUCCAGGGCGAGGUUCAGCUGUGGACAGCUGCUUCACAGUGACAGAUGGGCGGUCAGCACAGAUGCAUAUCCCUAGCCACAUGACCCGCAUAUGUUCCCUCCAGACUUGGGAGGAAGGAACAUCAUCCUCACCUGUAGCCCGGAUAUCAAGGGAGAGCCAGAAAGAGACAACGUCUGUGAGCCUGAGCUCAGACAGGGAGCUUACUCUGCAAAGCACCAAGUGA